AUUUAUUGAUUAAGUUUGGAAUUUUAAAAAAAUAAUAACAAAAUUUAGAACGUUACAAUAUUUUGUGUAUCAAUUGAACGUUUUAUGGUAUGUGAAUAUGAAUGGAACGUUCGACCAACGUUGAUAGAGGUGUGCACUAAGGCCAGGCAGAAAAUAUCUAGCAAUUUGGAGUAAUGGGAAGAUCUAGAUCAAGAAGUCGCAGCAGAAGCUAUGAUCGAAGGCACAGCAGAAGUGCAAGUUACGACAGCAGAAGUCCAUCUCCUGAGGAGGGAUACAGAAUUCAUGUUGCCGAUUUGGGGAUUGAACCAUCUAAGCGAGAUCUUGAAAGAGCCUUCGAAAAAUUUGGCCCACUUAUAGAAGUAUGGGUUGCCAGGAAUCCUCCAUGUUUUGCAUUUAUUGUGUACAAAUACAGAGAGGAUGCUGACAAAGCUAUUAGAGAGAUGGAUGGGAAACCUCUUUCAGGAGGGAGAAUCAGAUGUUCUUUUGCACGACCAAGAACAAGAGGAAGAAGAAGGAGAGGCUUUGAUCCAAAUUUACGUUGUUACACUUGUGGAGAGAAAGGCCAUUUUUCCCGAGACUGUGUUGAAAUUUGGAGACAGCGACGAAGAAAUAGAAGCCGAGAGCGCAGAAGGAGGACAAGAUCACGAUCCAGAAGUAGGUCACCCUCACGAAGAAGCAGGUCAAGGUCAAGAUCAAGACGAAGAGAGAGGUCAGGUUCCAGAUCUCGGAGCAACAGGAGAGACAAGGACAAAGAAAGGAAAUCUAGGUCAAAGUCACCAAAGCGAGAGAAACGAAAGGAGUCCUCCUCCAAGUCACCCAGAAGAAGUCGAGACAUUUCAAACGAAAGAAACAAAGGAAGUCCUGAAAGAGAGAGCCCCCCAAGAGAAGACCAAGAAGAAAUUUUAGAUGAGGUGAGGCCGUCUCAUUCACGGUCACGUUCAAGGAGUGCCCCCAGGUCAGAGAGGUCAGGAAGUAGAAGCCCAAGGCCAGACCGGGAGGAUGAGGAGGAUGAUUAGCAUUAGUGAGGAGGGACCAGACUUGUGGUGGUUGUUGAAAUCUUCUUGAUAUUUUUAUCCAUUGAUGUUGUUCAGUAAAGAAAAUGAUAAUGCGUAUGUUGAUGAUGACUUUGGGAAAUAGAGAAAUCGUACAAUA